AUGCGUCUCCACUACGUCGCACUGCUGGUAGCUACUGCUCUAGCAACAAGCGCUCACGGACGUCAAACUGCCCCUGAUGCGGGUAAUCCCUCGCCCGUGCAGAAGUCAUUGAAGGUCCUGAACCAAGUCAAUGCCGCAGACAAGACACCACGAUUUCUCGUAAGCAAAGACAGGGAUGUGCCGCUAACGGUUGCUUCACCUAGGCAUCUUUCGGCAGCUGUGCAGGCAGGUGGCGCUGACAGGCAAUUGCGCAGCCACGACUACGAGGAAGAGCCCAGCGAUGACGAAAACCGCAUGUUUAAAAAGCUCCGCAAAAAAAUUAAGAAAGCUCGCCAGGACCGCCGCGAACUUCGCAAGAUGAGAAAGCGACAUCGCAAGGAGCUAAUAAGUCUGGCUCGUAAGCAACGUAAGCGCCACAAGCGUCGUUAG